CUAUUGGUACAAUUGACCGAGUCCUGCUAAAAGCGGCAUAUCACAUUACAAAUUCUGGAUAUACGAACGCGCAGCUCUAUAACUCCGAAGAGCACCGGAGGUUAUCCAAAUAAAAAAAAACUUUGUCAAUUGAUGCCAUUGUGAUCAGCGAGUAUUGUUCUUUAGGCAUUUUGAUUAUUACGGGUGACUUGGUGAAUAUAAAUGAUAUAAAGGUCCGGCGCCUAGCUUUGUGAAUAACGUAUUCUUUCUAGGAAAAAACUGAGAGAGUCUCUAAUUUUGGUUGCUAUAAGACAAUAGAAAACAAAAUCGCCUUACCCAUUCAGAAUGCAACAACUCGGUAUCAUAUUUGUACUUCUGCUCCUCUUCAGGGGGAGCAUGGGACAAAACCACCACGACAAGAGUGCAAUUCCACCAAGCCAGGACCCGUGGUAUACCGCACCGGCGGACUUCGAAUCAGCCUCCCCGGGCACCAUUCUCCGCAUCAGGCCAGAUCCAAGCAACAUCACUGCCAUUGUAGAUGCCGCUGCAGCUUAUAACAUCUUAUUUCGGUCCACAGACACCCGCUACCGGCCUUCAUGGGCCGUGACAACGUUUAUCGUGCCCAAGAACCCAUUGGAGGAUAGGGAUGUCGCCCGAGAAUUUGGAGCUGACGAUGGCAGAGCGGCUCUACUAUCUUUCCAAAUUCCUUAUAACGCCGCCAGCGUGGAUGGUGGCCCAAGUUAUCUCCUAGCCACGAAUUUCGGUCUAGGCGACCUCGGUAUCACGCCCAUGACAUCUUAUAUCGCCGACGCGAUUGGUCGCGGUUGGUACGUGACUGUGCCAGAUUUUGAAGGGCCUACUGCGGCUUUUGGUGCCGGUCCGCAAGCAGGACAUGCGGUGUUAGACGGUAUCCGUGCUGUUCUAUCGUCAAAAGAACCCAAUGGUAAAUCCGAGAAAGCCCGAUAUGCCAUGUGGGGGUAUUCAGGAGGCUCGAUAGCAAGCACCUUCGCGGCCGAAAUGCAGGCUUCGUAUGCACCUGAGCUAGAUUUCGCCGGCGCCGCCAUUGGCGGCAUAGUCCCAGAUCUCACUGAAGUCUUCAGGAAACCAGUUAGCAACGUCUCUUCUGUAAUCCCUGCGGGACUGUUAGGCGUAACGGCACAGUACCCUUCUGCCCGCGAAUACCUCGUCAGCCAGCUGAACCCGUCUGGUCCAUACAAUGCUACAGGAUUUCUGCAGGCGUUGAAUUUCAGCGCCUUACAGUCGAUUGUAUAUUUUGGGAUCCAAAAUAUAAGUGAGUAUUUCGUGAAUGGACUUGACGCCAUUUACGAAGCACCUGAGCUUGUUCGCGUCUUUGGGGAGAAUGAGUACGAAGGCUACCACGGCAUUCCACAGAUGCCCCUAUUUGUGUACAAGGCGAUACACGAUGACUCCAACGGUAUCGCCACAUCGGACGAUCUCAUAUCUCAUUAUUGCAAAGUCGGUGUCAACAUACUAUAUCAUCGAAACACGAUCGGCGGUCACGAAGACGAGUUCAUUAAUGGCAUACCACGUUCGUUUGAGUUUCUUUCUGACGUACUCACUGGAACCUACGCAGAAAAGUACAACACCACUGGCUGUACUUGGGUCGAUGUGACUAUCAACGUUACAGCUCCAGCUACGAGCGACUCCUGAGGUUAGUCGCUUACGUAGUAAGUGGAGGUACAAAUGCCCUCUGUUGUAGAAAUGUGGGAUCAAAGGCUGAAAUGUCCAGUUUAGACGAAACAUGAAUCGGGUUCAAAACUUACCUGAAAAAUAGUACUGAGAACUUAAAUAAGGAAGAUCCAUUUAUAUUCAAGGCAAUGUCUGAACUUGGCCAAGAAAUUCAUCAUAGAGAAGGUCGUAACCAAGGUUUGAUUUUCACAUCGUGUGCAUAAACAGACUGCUAUUGACAACUAGCGUCGUCUCUUGGACUAAAGCCAUAAAAUUCUUAAGUGUCUAAAUAUAAUCUCUAAGUAAUUUCGCUCGCCUAGGAAUGAUUUAUGGUUCAAUCUUUAUGGGAUCAGAAUACUUAGGAGAAUGUUAUAACGAGGAAGAGACACUGCCCCAUGAAUCAAGCAGACUGAUAUAAUAUUACCUUUAUUCCUUUCUCACCGAACCUAUAACUAAG